AUGGAUUUUGUUGCUGGAGCCAUCGGAGGCGUCUGCGGUGUUGCUGUGGGCUACCCCCUGGACACAGUGAAGGUCAGGAUCCAGACAGAGCCCAAGUACACGGGCAUCUGGCACUGCGUCCGGGACACGUAUCUCCGAGAGAGGGUGCGGGGCUUCUACAGGGGCCUCUCGCUGCCUGUCUGCUCGGUGUCCCUGGUCUCGUCCCUGUCUUUUGGCACCUACCGCCACUGCCUCACACACAUCUGCCGGCUCCGGUAUGGCAGUGCCGACGCCAAGCCCGCCAGGGCCGACAUCACACUCUCGGGUUUCACCUCUGGCCUCGUCCGUGUGUUCCUGACCUCGCCAACCGAGGUGGCCAAGGUCCGCCUGCAGACGCAGACCCAGCAGAGGCGGAGAUCCUCGGCCUCGUGGCCCUCAGCGGCGCCUCCCGUGUGUCCUGCAGCCCCUGCGCGCCCGGUGCCGGGGCCCAAGUACCGUGGGCCGCUGCACUGCCUGGCCACGGUGGCCCGUGAGGAGGGGCUGCGGGGCCUCUACAAGGGCAGCUCGGCCCUGCUCUUCCGGGAGGGCCACUCCUUCGCCACCUACUUCCUGUCCUACUCCAUCCUCAGCGAGUGGCUCACCCCUGCGGGUCACAGUCAGCCAGAUGUCUUGGGUGUGCUGAUGGCCGGCGGCUGCGCAGGGGUCCUGGCCUGGGCCGUGGCCACCCCCAUGGACGUGAUCAAGUCCCGCCUGCAGGCGGACGGGCAGGGCCAGCAGCGCUACAGGGGCCUCCUCCACUGUGUGGUGACCAGUGUGCGGGAGGAAGGGCCGCGUGUCCUUUUCAAGGGGCUGACACUCAACUGCUGCCGCGCCUUCCCUGUCAACAUGGUGGUUUUCGUCACCUACGAAGCUGCGCUGAGGCUCUCGCGGGGUCUGCUGAAGUAGCUGGGCCCACUGCCCCAGGCGCCAGCCCACCGGCAGCUUCUGGAGGUCAUAGCAACUGGAGGAGGUGAAGGGGAGUGUCCCCACUGGGUGGUCACCUAGGACAGCUAGGAGCCACCCCAAAGACAGUCAGCUGGGGCCUGGGCUUGGACUGCCCAGCCACGGACCAGAGAAAGCCCAGGGGCCCAUCUGUUACCAGCCCGGGGCUGGCUUGAGGGCCAC